AUUAGGGAGUUGGUUUUGAAGGUGACAACGUCAAGUCGGCAUUUAAUACUUGGCCACCUCUCGCUGCGUUCCUCUCCGACAGCGACGACCCUUCAUACCAAGAUCGACCAGAAUAUCGCGCAGAUAUUCAUCAUAGAAAGAAAGAGCAUCAUCGUGAAUCUCUGAACCGGAAUCCCAUAAGAGUUUCUAGUAGUUUGUAUAUAGCCUAAGUGCGAGAGAACAGCCAGCACAUAAAAAAAAGAACGUCGGAGAACGCAGGCGGUAUAAUAAAAGUGUACGUGGAAUAGUAUCGUGGAAAUCGAUUCGCAUCGAAGCUGAGUAAUAUAAUAAGAACUUCGCCAUGGGGAAUAUGUUCGCAAAUUUAUUUAAAGGCCUCUUCGGCAAAAAGGAAAUGAGAAUACUGAUGGUCGGGUUGGAUGCUGCCGGUAAAACCACAAUAUUAUACAAACUUAAAUUAGGAGAAAUCGUUACAACAAUUCCGACUAUUGGAUUUAAUGUUGAAACUGUAGAAUAUAAGAACAUAAGCUUCACAGUGUGGGAUGUCGGUGGUCAGGACAAAAUCAGGCCACUCUGGAGACAUUAUUUCCAAAAUACGCAGGGCCUAAUCUUUGUAGUUGAUAGCAACGAUAGGGAGCGUAUCGGCGAGGCGAAGGACGAGUUGAUGAGGAUGCUCGCCGAGGACGAGCUGAGGGAUGCCGUGCUGCUGAUCUUCGCAAACAAACAGGAUCUGCCGAAUGCGAUGAACGCGGCAGAAAUCACAGACAAGCUCGGUCUGCACUCAUUAAGGAACCGCAACUGGUACAUUCAGGCUACGUGCGCGACCAGCGGUGACGGCCUCUACGAAGGCUUAGACUGGUUGUCCAAUCAACUUAAGAAUGCCAAUCGUUAAGUGCAAGUGAUCUAUAUAUUAUUAUGUACUGGGUGGACUAAAUAUCAGUGUUAUUAACCGUAUGUUACAAUUUUUGAAGUUUUUAUAUUUACUGAUUGUCUAAUGUAUGGAGUCAAUAAAAAAAAAACGAGAACAGUCCAUAGAUAUGUCUGAUUUAACCUUCUUCUGUUCGAUCGAUGCCCAGAUUUGUCACUAUUCACUUUCACUAUAUAUGAUUAUAAUUUGAUUUUAAAAACGAAUGUUAUUUUUUUUUCUAUAUCUCUCUCACUCGCUCUGUUUUUUUACGAUGAUGGCCUUAUUUGUUUAUCUCUCAAACAUAUAUUAGACAAGCUGUAUGACUUUUUUAAUAUUAACAUGCUGUAGAUAAUUUCCUUACUUCAAAGAGAAAAAAAAA